AGCUCGUUGCCUUGGGCGCGCUUCACCUCCAAGUCUGAGAGGGAGACUCUGAAGAGCGGCGUCUCUAGCCCCGCCCCGCCCCGCCCCCGUCUCUCACGCUCAGGGGGUGGGGUGCCAACCCCGCGGAAGACGAGCACUGGUUUGGCCUCCUCGCGUGCCGUACAAGCUCGCUGCUGGGGGACAGGACAGGAGGAGGGGUCACUAAAAUGGCGGCUAAGAUGGCAAAGCUAGCAGCUAUCCCUGCUGGUCUGGCAUUUGUGUCUAUUAAUAUAUAUGCUGCAACAGAAGAAGAAUCAAAAGCCCAGUCAGUGAAGCCAAAUCAGCUUCCCAUUUAUUGUGUGCCGCCUCUGAAAUCUAGAUACGUUGAAGAAGACCCUGGUCGUUUGCAGGUGGGGUUUUCUACAUUAAGAAAGACAACUAGUCAUUAUGUUGAGUGGUGCAAGGAUGCCUAUGUCUUUGUUAAAAAUGGGAUAAUGGAUUCAAUACAGUUUGGAAAAGAUACGUACGUUUAUCUGAAGAAUCCACCUCCAGAAUUUCUUCCAAAAGUUGCUGUAAUUACAAUUUCAGGUCUAACUGGUUUAGUUCUGGCAAGAAAAGGUUCUAGAGUUAAGAAAACUGCUUACCCGCUGGGGCUUGCCACUUUAGCAGUAUCCGUUUGUUACCCAGCUCAGUCAGUAGUACUUGCUAAGAUAACAGGAAAAAAAGUAUAUGUUACAAGCCAUCAAACCUAUGAAGCAAUAGGAUCACUAUGGACAAAAAACUCCUCUAUGAAAGAAGUGCUACUCACACAGAAAGAAGAUACCAAGCCUGGUUCACACCUGCAACAAGUUCCAGAACCAGCUGUAAGAGACGAUAAAAGUGCAGAGAUUCAUAAAACAACCCCUGAAUCUGAGGUUAAGUCAAAACCACUUGCUGUAACAGAUUCUUCUGUAAUGAAGAUUCAGAGUUCGAAAGAUCUGGUGCCUUUGCCAGCAGAAAUAAAAGUGCCAAAUGUCAUCUCAGGUUAACAGUAGGCACACUCCAACCUCUGAGUCCUCCGAGCAUCUCCCUGGCGUGCCCAUCCCCUGACCCAGUGGACACUUACAGAAUUCCCAGAUCCUCUGCUACCGAAAGGAACAGUACACUCAGCUUAACAGUUAUACCCUAUCACAGCUCUGCUUAACACACAGCACUUAGAUAUGUUUAUGGUAAAAACAAGACGUUUAUUUAACAAAGAGCAAAGAUUCAAGUGAUAGCAAGUAGCAUUAUUGGAGAGAAAUGGUUACAUAUAAAACAAAAUCCUAACAUGCAUUCUAGAGCCUAGAUUUAAUUAACAAAACACACCCUUGUCAAAUCAAGUUUAGGUCACCCUAAAGUCUUUUCAGCCAGACUUGGUUGUGAUCCUUUUUUCAUGAAGCAAAUACACUGUCAGCCUAGGUGAAGCAUAAUAGGGUGUACCUCUGCACCCCUAGACAUGUCCAGUGAUCCAUUGUCUUCACUUGUAAACAGGGUAUCCCCUGCUGCUUAUUUUUUCCUGUCUAGCAUCUCCCCUGGAGCCUUUUCUUCCCUUGAUCAGACUGCAAAUAGGCUUUCAUUGUGAAGUAUACAAUACUCAAUCCUAUAAAGCCGGACAGGUAGAUAAGCAUCUCUGCCUGAAAGAAACUUAUUUAUCGUCUUCUGGUGACCAGCUCCAACUUGCAUACCUAAGAGCAUAACUUUGCUUGUGUAUAUAUACAUAAGUCUUUACAUGUUAUCUGUACGUACAUUCCACAGUGAUUACAGUGGUCAAUGUGACAUAAGCUUUCAAUAGAGACUUUACAUGACUCCCUUUGAUGAACUGUUAUGUAGAGAUUUGGAACCAUGGGAUCCAUGUACUCCUGUGCACCCCUAUGCCCUCUGUUAGUUGGCACCAGGAGGUCCCUGGGUGAUAUCCCCCGCUAUACAACCUUUAACAUAUGAAUCCUUUUUUUAAUCUCGUUGCUCCCUUAUUUUUUCUUUUUUAGUUUGUGGAAUUAUUGGGUCUCUUUAUAUAUAACUUUCUCAGUCCCUUCAGCCCCCACUUCUCCUUUCACAUUAAACAUAAAUACUUACAGAAGGUAAAAUAAAGUUUUUCCUAUUUGUCACCACAUUUCCAGGUGAAAGCCGUUCCGUGUCCCCAGUGGAGCCAACAGAUUUCUAUCUUUUUGGCUCAGAGGGGCUGGAUGGGGUUCACUUCCCAUAAACUCUAUACAUUGUUUGGGAGAGUCACUUCAGACAAGGCAUUCCCUUUGCCUCACCUCCCUGUACUGUGUGUGUUGCCUCCACAUUUUAAUAAACAUAUGAAAUCACCAAUAAAGUCAAAUGGUGUGAAUUUAUUUGCACUAAUUUAGGCCUAGAUAAUCCAUCUGUGAUCUAGCUCAUAGUAUGGUGCAGUGAGUUCAGCUUGCCCCCUGGACCAGCUGUGAGGGAGAUAGUGACUCAGUCACUAUCUGCUUCUCUGUCUCCCCACUGCUCUGGAAAGGUACUAAACUGUGAUCCUGUCACUGCAUACUCUGCACAGUGUGCUGAUCUAACUGUGCUGCUGGGGGGAGAGUCAAGGUUCUGCCUGCUUCCCAAUUUCUCAUUUAUUACUUCCCACCUGCAGGAGGGAGGGAUGUAGCAGCUCUGCAGAGCCUGCUGACCCAGGAAGCAACAGUAUGGUGUAAAGGAGAGCCUUACGCACUACCCCCUUCUCCCUUGUGCCAGUGCUCAGGGCAUGCCAUGAUCAGGCUUUUAAUAGAUUACUUUUUAAUUGUGAAAACAAUUUAGUGAUGAGUUUGUCAGAGGUUGUAGAUCUUUCAAAUGUUUUUCUUACUUGAUGCGACUUUUCACUGCGCAGCAACAACUUGCCUGCACUAUUCCCACCAAUGUAAAUUACAGUUAAUUUAUAACUGUAGAGCACUUUAUUAUAAUGCUUGAAUUUUCACACUAUCAGUAUGUAUAACUUCUGAAUAAGCAUUAGCUUUUUUUUAAAAAAGCUUUUAUGCCUUUAUUAUCAUUUUAUUUCAUUUUAAUAUCUUUAACAGAUGUAGCGAAGACAACAAAAUUUAAGCUUGACCCCAGACUUAUGGACCAUGGUCAGUCCAACCCAGAGGAUGUGGAUAUGUACAGUACUAGAAGCUAAGGCACCAAUUUACAAAUAUUGGGAAGUACUAACAAUAGCAAAGAAAAAUGGAUUAUGCAAUGUAUGAUUGUACCAAAUGUGGUAUAAUUUAAUCAGGUAUUUUCUUAAAUCCCAAUAUGUACAGUCAAUCUGCUUUGUCCUUGUUGUUUAUUGUGUAUUGUUUCUUACUACCUAUAAGCAAUUAAAUAUUUUAAUUUCUUUGAAUAAUAAUUAGCUGUUUGACACUGAGAAUUAUGUUUCUCUCAAUAUGUGCUUGCAGUGGGGUGUAUCAAGAUUGUCAGUGUCAAGUUGUUAAUAAACAUAAAUCACCUUUAUAAGGGACUGUUUGAAAGUGUAAAUGUAUUUCUGUCCUUCAGGUCCUUAGUUGUUCAAAGACAGUAAAAGAGAAAUCUGGUCAUCUUUUGAUUGUUGUCCCCCUUCUCACUCACUCCCAGCUCUGCAAUGUUAUGGGCAAAUGAUAGUAUUUGGCAUCUAUGUUGGCUCAGAUAUCUUAUUAGUCUGAGCGCUCAUAAGAUAAAAGAAACCAGCUGUGAUAAUUGUACUCUCUCAAUUUCAGUUGCUUUAAGAUUUAUGUAAGAUUUAUAUAUGCUAACUCUUUUUGUAAAAAUCACUGCUGUUAACCUCUUCCACCAAGGUAACUAGAAUAGAAAAUAAAUUUUGCUCUGUA